AUGACGAAUUCAGUUUUUUUGCUCGUGCAUCCAAUGCAUAGUUGUUAUGAGAUGAAGAAACAAUUUCAAAGGACUUACAUGACUGCAAAAUUUAAAAAGUUUCAACGGGAGUUAUUAGGGAAGAUUUCUUGUGAUUUGUCUUCAUGUAAGAAAGGUGUUGACAUUUCAAAAGAUGAAGUUGCUGAAGAUGUAAUGUUUGAAGAGAGUCGGCGUUGUGUAACUUUUAAUGUUUGCUUUCAUAAGGAUACCAGUGAGGUUGAUUGUAAUUGCCGGUUAUUUGAAUAUAGGGGAAUAUUGUGCAGGCAUCAAAUUGUGGUGUUCAUUCAUAAGAAGCUUAAUCAAAUACCGGACAAGUACAUCUUAAGAAUGUGGUCUAAAAAUGUCAAAAUAAGCCAUACAGAAGUUCGGAUCAGUUAUGACAAUGGGGCUAUGAAAUCUAAGGCAUGUUGCUUUGCUAAAAUGUGCAAUGCCUUUUAUGAGGUUACUGAGUUGGCAGAAGAUUCUGAAGAUAGAUAUGAAAAGGUGAUGGAGCGAAUGUAUGAGUUAAACAUCAGCUUUAAAGAAGGGAGUUGCAGAAGCAAUGAGGAUAUUUCAAAAGUUCAUCAAAAGAAUCCAACGUCAUGUGCGAAUGGUUUUGGAAUUCCAAAAGAAAGCAUAAACAUACUUGAUCCAUCAAAAAGGCGCCCACCAUACAAAAGGAAGCAAUCCAAGGUUGAAAAGGUUAUUAAGAAAAGAAAGGAAAGCAAAAAGAAAACACAUACCACUAGCAAUAAAGAAAAUAUGCACAAGCAAAUUGAUGAAAGUGUCGAGAAGGUGGUGGUGUAG